CCCUGUAACUGAAGCUGAGGAGCAGCUAGUUAGCAGCUGCUGGUCAACUAGUAACGUUGUUAACUAGUUAUACGAUGUCAACCAGCUAGUUAGCAAAGUGUAAAUGAGCGCUAUGACUAAGGAGUGAGUCCUCGCGGGGUUUUGUGGCCGGUAAGCGCGAGAUGACCGUCCGCUUUAAGUGUAGAAGUGAAUACCAGAAGAGCUACAGGACGUCCCGCCCCAGAGGUUCUUCUCCUCAGCGCUGCGUCCCAUUGGCCGGCCUGCGCUCAGACCAGAUGGGUAUCUGCAGAGAGCCGUGUUUCCAGAGCAGGAGGAGGCUCUGCCCUCCAGAUCCUCCACAGAAUCACAAAACAGCGCCCCCUGCUGCAUCCAGGAGUCGCUCUGCCCACAGGAAGGAGCCCCCCCACCCUCCUGGAGCUGACCCUGGACCUCCAGGAGAACCAGAACCAGCUGAAAAACCUGCGAAGCCCCGCCCCCUAAAGCCUGACAGCCAAUCACAGCUGAGCCAACCUGAUGGACAGCAGCCAGCAGCGAAUGAGGUCAAUCACGCUCUGCGGUGGAGGGCGGGGCUUCUGUCAGGAGGUCAGAGGUCAGAGUAUCACAGACAGUUCAGCUGGAAGAAAUCUGCAGCUGCUGCUUCGCCAAUACUGACCGCACAACAGGUGCUCCACAGCAGCAGGUCUGUGCCCCCCUUUAAGAAACACCCCGUUCCCAUGGAAACAGAAUAUCGCUGCAGCUUCCUGGGUCAAGCCCCGCCCCCAGAGCCCCGCCUCCGGAAACACCUGCAUCACACACACAAGAAAUCUUCACCCAGACAGACCAACAAGAAGAGGAGGGAGGAGCCAGAGAAGAAGCCCCGCCCCAAACAGGAAGUAGCUACCCCUCAGAAACAGGAAGUCCCACCCCCCCCUCCUCCUCAGGUGCACAGAACUCACAGAAUCCCCGAGAGAAACGGAGCCUCGGACCGAGACGCCCGUCAGGUGGAGGAGUUGCGGCAGCAGGCGAUGUCGUACCGUCGUCGGGCGUGGGGAUCGAACUUCUGUAGAGACCACCUGAGCCAGCUGCUGUCCAAUCACAACGCUCUGUGGGAGGCAGCCAGCUCUUGCUCUUACCCCCCCUCCCCUCACCCUCAUUCUCUGACCUCUGACCCCCCGUCACCUGUGGAGGCUCUGGAGCUCAACAGUCACUCCAGUCACUCCAGUCACUCCAGUCACUCCAGUCAGAGGUCGUCAGCUUCAGGAAGAACUAAAACUCCUGAGAGACGUUCGGUCUGGGGAGAAGAAGAAGAAACAGACGAGGAGGAGGGAAGGUUACCGACUCCGAGGCUGAAGAUACGACCGACUCAGAGAACUCACCAUGAUCUCACCACACCUGCCACCGGAGGCGCUAUACUGGUGGGAAAAAUGAAGAGCGGUGAUGUAUCAUCAACAAACAAACAGUUUCUGAUUUGUUGUUGUGUCCAGAGAUGUGGCUCCUCUGUUUCCAUGGCAGCGGGGGCGGAGACUACAGUUGCUAUGCAGAUCCCCCCGAAGGAGGCGUGGUCUGAACAUAACUCCGCCCGCUCCAAAACAUCUGCCUCAUCCCCCGACAACAAGCCAACUGUCAGUCCUGUCUCUAAACCAAUCAGGAUGAAGCAGACUUCCCCUCCUCCUGUAGCCCCGCCCCCUCAGCACUGCAUUCAAGGCACUUUGAGGACCGCCGACUUCCAGCACAACGGUGAUCUGGGGCUGAGGUUCAGAGAGCAGCUGUGUUGUUCAGGAGGCUGUAGCCACCAUGAAGACGACCGUUUGUCGGCGAUGUCGUGGCGUUCGGCGACUUCCUGCUCGGCGGCGUCCAUCGUCCUGCAGCGAGCUCAGAGACGAGAGAGUUUCUGGGGAAAGAGAUGACCUCUGACCUCUGACCUCUGACCCCCACCACAGCUGAGUCUAAUCACUACUGUACAGUUAUUAUGGGAUUGAGUUAAAUAUCAUGUUUUUUUAAAUAGCUGGAUUCAAGGUGCUGAUAAUCACGCUGUGUUUUUAAUGAAGUCAAAGAUGCUUUUAUGUCAUUAUGUGUAUGUAGUAAUUAUGUUGAGGACUCUUUAAAGUGGAGACACUACUGAUAUACACCUGAACAUCAGCAGGAGAGGACUCUUUAAAGUGGAGACACUACAUACUGA